AAAGGAAGUGGAGCCAUUUUAAAUACAGUGAAGACCAAAGCCAACCCUGCCAUGAAGACUGUCUAUAAGUUUGCAAAAGAUCAUGCAAAAAUGGGAAUAAAAGAAGUGAAAAACCGCUUGAAGCAAAAGGACAUCGCUGAAAAUGGGUGUUCUGCAACACCAGAGGAAUCCCUACCAAGAACAGCACCUUCACCACUGGUUGAGAAGAAGGACCCUAAAUUAAGAGAAGACCGAAGGCCAAUCACAGUACAUUUUGGUCAGCAGCAAAGACUCCGUCCACCUCGGCCACCGCCUCCAAAGAUACAGCGUUCGUCUAGGCCCGUUCGCCCACCAAGACCUCAUGUUGUUAAGAGACCUAAGAGUAAUAUUGCUGUGGAAGGACGAAGGACUUCAGUCUCCAGUCCAGAACACCUUGUAAAGCCCAUGCGACACUAUACAGUCUUCCUCUCUGAGGACUCUUCUGAUGAUGAAUUUCAGCAGGAAGAGGAUCCUGUCUGUGGCUUCUCUGAAAACUUUUUCUUCUCUGCUCCUUUUGAAUGGCCUCAGCCCUACCGGGCCCUGAAAGAAUCUGACAGUGCUGAUGGGGAAGAGGCGGUCAGCCCAGAAAAAUCCAAAGAUCCUCUGCCUCCAAGCCCUCUCCUCUCAAGCAAGGCCACAGAAAUCAACCUCCUUGAAGACAUCUUCCCAAACUUAGAAGUAGAAACACAGCCUCAGCCUCUGAGCCAAGCCAAGAGCCUGGAAGACCUGAGGACUCCCAAAGAAGAGGGGGAUCAGCGAUGCACAUUUGAUUACCAGAGAAUGGAUCUUGGUGUGUCAGAGAGGAACAGGAUUGUGCCACCCAUGAAGCUCUCUCACCCUUACAACAAGCUGUGGAGUAUGGGUCAUGAUGACAUGGCUAUUCCGACCAAGUAUUCCCAAAGCUCACCAGAAAGGCCCUUGACUGCACUUGGUAACAUGCCACCCAUUGCAAGGAGACCCCGGAGCAGAGACAGCAUCCUGGCUCCUGCAGAAAAGGAUGAAUCAAAUCCUGCCAUUCAAGGGAACAUCACCAUUCCUAGGCCGCAGGGAAGAAAGACUCCUGAACUGGGGAUAGUGCCACCACCACCAGCGCCCAGGGCUUCCAAGCAUCAGACUCCAGCUGGGCCAGCAGAAAUUCUUACCCCAGGACGUAGCCAUUUGGUUUCAGAUCUUAUCCCAGAGCCCUUUGGAGCUGGUAGCGUGCCCUUAGACCCUGAAAUCCAGCAGUCUGUAAAUUACUCCUCUCGUCCAUCUCAGCUUUUGUCCAGUGCUACCAGCACUGCUGAGAUGCUCCAGCCUGUCAAGGUGCAGACAGAAAACACAGGUAACGAAAGCGACUACCUUCUUAAUUUACUGGAUCCAUUAAAAACAGCCAGCUGGCAAAGCAGUGGCCCACAGCAAGGUCCCCGCAGCCUGCAGAGCUCAGCUGCUUCACCUUCUGCAGCUGGCUUUGCCUCGGUGGCAAGUGACUUUGUGCCUACUCCAGCUGCACCAUUUGUCCAGCCACUUGGUUAUCCUUCCCCAGCACCUCCUCCUUUUUUACAGCCAUCUCCUAACCCAUUCACUCAGACAAUGCCAGGAGCCCUUUCAGUGUCUCUAGUUAGACCCCCGAGGGGCUCUUUUACCCCCUCUUUAGGUCACGCCUAUAGCUCUAGCUUCAUAACCCCUAGUUCAAGCUUCUACCCACCACAAAGACCUCAACCAAACAUUUCAACACUCUCCAUGCCAAACUUGUUUAGCCAGGCUCCAGCCGUGCCACCGGCGAGCUCCUUACUGCUGCAGAGCCCUUCUCCUGCAGGCUCUCUGCAGCCAGCACGUUUGAGUGGUCCUUCUAAAACCAGAACGUUACAGGUGGGCCAGGCCAGCUCAAAGGUAGAUCCCAAACAAGCACUCUCUCUCCUGUCUAACGAACCCCCUUUGAUCCCUGUCAGGCCAGCUAAGGGCUUAGAGUCGGUGUUACUGUCCUCAAAAUCUGAGGAGACAAAAGAUCCAUUUGAAGAUUUGCUAAAAAAGACAAAGCAAGACGUGUCAUCCACACCAGGUAAGGUUGAACAGCUCAGAAAGCGAUGGGAAACCUUUGAGUAA